AUGUCCAACGUCCAGACCCAGAAGAAGCAGCGCUCGGCCAUUGCCGACGUUGUCACCCGCGAGUACACCAUCAACCUGCACAAGAGAUGCCACGGUGUUACCUUCAAGAAGCGCGCUCCCCGCGCUAUCAAGGAGAUCCGCACCUUCGCUGAGCACUCCAUGGGCACCAAGGACGUCCGUCUUGACCCCCAGCUCAACAAGAAGGUCUGGGAGUGCGGUAUCAAGGGUGUCCCCUUCCGUCUCCGUGUCCGCAUCUCGCGUAAGCGUAACGACGAGGAGGGCGCCAAGGAGAAGCUCUACUCUUACGUCCAGGCCGUCAACGUCAAGGAGCCCAAGGGUCUCCACACCACCGUUGUCGACGACGAGUAA